AUGGAAUAUUGUCCUUAUGGUAAUAUGUCCGAAUUCCUGAGAAACAGACAAGACAUCUAUGAGCCUGAUUGGCUGCAGUUAACUUCAGAUCAUGAUAGUAAACUGAGUAUCACUGAUCUCGUGGAGGCUGCUUCACAAAUCGCAGACGGAAUGGAGUUCUUGGCUUCUAGGAAGGUAGUUUACAUUCGAUGGGUCACGCGCCGACGCGCGUUUUUUGUACUUUUGUUUAUAUAUUUUAUUCCAAAGUUCAAACAAUAGGUCAAGUGUUUUAAAAAACUUUAAGAAAAAUUCUAAGUCAAACAAAAAGAAGUCACCUACAUUGGAUCCGGACCGGCCGUACGCGUUUCACUUCGCAUUACUUGCCUUAUUUCAAUAUGUUUCAACCAAAAUAUGUAAAGAAACUACGUCCAUGUCUACACAUUCGCAAAACGAACUUGGCUGCCGCUUUAAAUAUAUUUCUCUUCAUUAACAAUGUUGGGAGGGGUGUGCCUCUCUAUAAAAAGGCCAAGAGUAGCCCAUAGCCCGAAAUACCAGGACAGACCUGUAAAAAGUGUUUAAUAUUCCUCGGAUCCUAAUUUUCUUUUUUCAAAUGUUCCUCAAACGUGCGUAAAAACAGUUGAAAAUUUGACGGUAUUUCGCCAAAUUUAAACGUUGAACGCGACAACACUUCUCGAUCUCAAAUGACAGAUAAGGAAGUAUGAUAUAAUGAUUUUUUAAGAUUCUCCCAUGACGUAGGCCUAUGUAUGAAAAAUUGAAAAUGUUCUUCAAUCUUCUUUCUAUAAGGCACAUGUUCCUCAGGAUUCCCACUUUCAUCCAGGUCUGUACCAGAAAUCACUUCACUGCAAUUUCUAGUGCGAGUUUCUUCUGAUGCAUGUGAACGAGUAGAUGAGUUAUGAUUGAUCUAAGUAUGUGUACUCUCAUCUCAGUAUUCAUAACUCAUCCACUCAUUCACAUCCAUCAGAAGAAGUAAAUCGCAACUAAAAUCACAGCGAAAAUUGCAAGUGUACACGGGCCUUUAGUACCCCGGUGACACCCUGUUAAAUAUGACUGAAUUGUUUAUUGUUAUAUUCUCAGUGCAUUCAUCGUGAUUUAGCAGCAAGGAAUAUUUUGAUUGGUCAGAAUUUUGUUCCAAAAAUUGCUGAAAUUGGUCUCGCUCGUAACUUUUACAAGAAUGAUAUCUACCUUAAGAAAAAGUCGGUAUGUUAUACCUAGAUUAUUAUACUUUACAUAUGUUCUAUCAAGUAGCCUGUUUAUUUCCCAAAAUAUUCGUCUUCUUUAAUGAUUGCGGAAUGAAACUUGUCAUCGCGAUUUAGUAAUUGUCAAUGAGCAGGCAUUGCAGGCAAUGGUUCUCUCAAGACGUAUAAUUUCAGUUUAGAUAUAUUGAAAAAAAGAAAUAUGUAUAUAUAUUUGAACACCACUAUUAUUUAAACACGGGGCAAAGUAGGAAAUAUAGUUACGCAAACCUUGUCUCAAGGCCAUCAUUCUAACUGAGGGCGAACCAGAAGUCAUUUGUCAGAAGCAUUAUAUGACGUAGCCUUCCUGAUUAAAAAUUGAUUGACUGAUUGAUUGAUAGUAAAUGGCGCAAUUACACUAUACUUAUAUAUACUAUCUGGAAUUUCCAGACAUACAGGUCAAAGACUGAUAAAUAAUAAAUGCUGUGGGAGAAUGGAAGGUUUUUACAUAAUCAAAAAAAGAAAAUAUUUAUCCGCAACGAUGCGCUUGAGCCGAGCCAAAAUAUAGAGAAAAUGCUUUCGAAAUACUAUUUCCUAGUUUAAUUACUUUACUCCUUAGCUACUAAAUAAUUAAAUUUUUAAUGACAUUAUGUCACUUGUCGUAUUUAGUGACUAGAUCUGGAAUUUCCAAACAUACAGGUCAAAGACUGAUAAAUAGUAAAUGCUGGGGAAGGAUGGAAGGUUUUUACAUAAUCAAAAAGAAAAUGUUGUAUCCGCAACGAUGCGCUAGAGCCGAGCCAAAAUAUAGAGAAAAUGCUUUCGAAAUACUAUUUCCUAGUUUGCCUUACUGAACAAUUAAAUUUUUAAUAACAUUAUGUCACUCGUCGUUUUAAGGGAUUGGUGCCAGUGAAAUGGAUGUCAAUCGAAGCGUUACGAGAUCGUAUAUUUUCUGAAAAAUCUGACGUGUAAGUAACAUAUGCUACAGCCUAUUAUUGCAAAAAAUAAGCGUACAUGAGUGCAUGCAUGCAUCAUUGUAAAAUUUAAUUUCUCUUCGCAGUAAAUUUUACUAAAUAACACCAAGAAUGGAGUAAAAUUUGCUCCAAAACUGGAGUUAAAAUCUUUUUUACGUCACUUUUGGAUUAAAAUAACUGUCUCAAGUUAUCGUGAUAUCCCCAAAUCAUAGCAAUAAGUGCAAUAAUUUCGCAGAUAUUAACCAACUCUUAAAAUUUAAUUUUGAAAUAUUGUUUUACAAUUUUCAGAUGGUCAUUUGGUGUAUUGCUUUGGGAAAUAUUUACUCUUGGUAAGUACAAUGUUACUUCCCUCCCCCAGUAAGUUCUUUUUCGCAUGGCAAACAAAAUGAAUAACAAUGUUUUAAUAUUCGAAUGACCAAACCUCUAUAUCCAUACAAUAUAUACAUAUACUGUAUAUCAAAACGUCAUGUCUGAAAAUGCUGGGAAUCAAGCCCUUAGAGGCCCAACAGUACAAAAUUGCAGUUGAAUCAUAACAUGUUAAAGAUGAUGUUCACUCCUAUGCAUGUUAAUGCGGCGAACUUUGUUUACGUUUUGAACUGCUAUAUUUGUAAAAUAUGAUUUACUAACUGAAUAUCUAACACUUUUCUGGUUCGUUAUACUAGUAAAUGAAUAUAAACUGUACGUUUCAAUUCAAAAAAGUUCGAAAGAUGCAAAAUUUGGGCAAUGUUUAUAUCUGGGGGUCCCCCUUUGUUAUGAGCAGAACUGAUGCGCAGAACGGAGUGGACAUCAUCUUUAAUUAAAAAAAUGUAUAUUUUUUGUCAGUAAUAGACCUUAUGCAUAAUGACGUCACAAGGCAUGAUGCCCGCGAGGAAUGCUGGUGUUAGUAGUCAUCGCCCGGGAAAGUUAAACAAUUCAAAAUGGCUACUAUCGAAAUUUUCCCAGGCGAUGACUACUAAGACCAGCAUUCCUUGCGGGCAUCAAGCCUUGUGACGUCAUUAUGCAUAAGGUCUAUUAAGCUAUUACAAGUUACAACUUUCCAGUCAUUCAUUCAUGUUUUACACUGAUAUUGCCGAAGUUCAAUUUUAUUUGGAUAUGCAAAAAGUGGUCAGAAGACAUAAAAACUAAAUAUUAAAACUAAACGGCAAUUGCAGUCUAGCUGUGUGUACACGUGCACCGUGAGAUAUUGCACGCGGUCCUCUAAUCGCUAUUUAUAACAUUUUACAGAAACUGUAUGUAAAAUCAAAAAUAAUAGAUGACCAACAUUGUUUCCUAUUGUACAGGAGGUUCACCUUAUCCAGGGAUACAUUCAGUUGACGUUUAUGAAUAUUUGUGCAGUGGAAACAGAAUGAAAUCUCCACUAUAUUGUCCAAAUGAAAUGUAUGUGCACUGGGUAAUUCUUGUUACAGUGAAACACGCAAUUUGAUUGGUCAAUAGCCGUGCAGGAUCAGGCUAUCCUGCACGAGGAAUUAAAAUGCCUUCGCGGGAUUUUCGCGGGAUUCUCAAAAUGUCAUUGUUUCACUGUAGUUAUUUUAUAAAACAAUUACCAAAUGGUUUUCCAAGCAGGAUAGCGUGAUCCAUGCACUUGGGAUGUUGCUCGACUUUCCGAAAGCGUAAAAAUACACUCGCCUGCGGCUCGAGUAUUUUUACGCUUUCCGAAAGUCUCGCGACAUCCCUCGUGCAUGGAUCACACAAUCCUGCACGGAAAACCAUUCGGUAUUCCUUUAUUCCAUAUUGCACAGUGCCGUCAGAAGCGAAUUGCUAUUGGGAGGUCGGGGGGGGGGAUGCUUCCGAAGCCUUGGAAGAGCAUUUUCCGUGUUUCCUGAGAGGAAUGUUUAUCAACGUUAUGAAUUUCUUUCAUUUAAAAAUUCAAAAUUUUGUUAUAAUUUAUUUUAUAUAUAACUUUUUACAACUUCAUCCCUCCAAUUUUGAAACAUCGUUUGCUCCGUAUGCAAUCACAAGCAGUCAAGCAUGAAUGAAUUAGUUUUAAUUGUUCCUAUUGAUAUAUACACAAUAUCAAUGUAGCAACGAACUGUUACGGAUAAGUUGGUUGUAAUUGCCUGUGCAAGAGAGAAAUAAAGUAUGAAAAGAAACAGAAUCCUCAUGAGUGAGGAAAUUAUUGGGGGUGGGUGGCGGCCUCCGCUUCCGACGGCUUUGCUUGCAUAACAGUGUCAUAGGACGCUUUCCAUUAACACGGCCAGACCGGUCAGAACCGGGUCAAAUUGUUGCAUGAAACACAAAACGUUUGGGCUUCGGACUAGCUUAUCUGAUUUAGAUACAAUUAGAAUGAGGUCCAUUUUCGCUAGGUAUUUGAGAAACAUAGACCAGAUCAUUGUAUUGAUACAGAGAAAAGAAUUUGGGUCUGACCGGUCAGACCAUUAAAUGGAAAGCGCCCAUAGAAUAACAUAAUGGAUAAUUAUCAGGAUUUUGGGCAUCUCACUCGAUAUAACUAAUUGUUGAAGGGUUUUAUAGAUAGAAAUUUCGAGUGUGAAUUUUAUUACAUUUAUUAAACCUAACCAGGAGCAGUUGGAAAAAAUGCAACUACUGUAUACUGUAUGUAGAUAGGCCCUCUGACAGGAAUCGACCCUGCGAUUCCGGUGCCGCGCUCUAAUUUGCUGAGCUCUAUAACUGCAUUUUUAUGUAUUAAACUAAUUAUAAGGUGAUGCCAAUGUAAGGUGUAUGGAUGAAUAUCAGGAUUUUGGGCUUUCGUGUUUGAUUCAAAACUGUGCGUAAUGGCGCCGCAUAAUUCAUAUUCAGAAUUAAUUUCAAAUCGCUGGAAUAAAGCCUGGUUCACAUAUGCCUGCGGCAUGCCUGCGACUGUAUCAUUAUGCCUCAACUUGCCGCCGAAAUACCAGGAAAGUUGAACCCAAGUCAACUUUCCCGGCCUACCGCCGAUGUAACUGAGGCACUGGAGGCAAUCGGCGAAGAAAUAUUCACAUAAUUCACGUUUUAAGCUACCACCGGCAUCGUCGCCGGUACGUCGCAGGCACGUCGCAGGCAUAUAUGUGAACCAGGCUUAAGAGUAAUUCAGUUCAAUGUCUGAUAUACUGAAAUUAUUACAUUUAAAUGAUUACUAAUAUCUGAUAUAAAUUAUUCCUGUUACUAGAUAUGACUUAAUGAUGACUUGCUGGAACGCUGAUCCUUGCCAAAGACCGGGAUUUAAAGUGGUUGGACAAACGUUCAUCAAAAUUUUAUCCGAUAAAGUAGUAAGAUAAUUAUGUAUUUCAUAAAUAAAGUACGUUAAAGGCUUGCGAAAAGCAUGCACAGAUGUUUCGCCGUCAAGCCUUAAAAUAUCUUUUACAGGGCCGUCUGACAAAAUGUCCGAUGACUUUGAGUUUUGGUUGGACAUAUGUAUGAUGAUGGCCGAUGUUCAGUUCAGUUUGUCUCGGAAAUAAGUCUCAAUGACGCAAAUUAAUAUCAGCACUAAAUGUUGUGAAGAUAUUAAAUAAUUUGUAUCAUUCAUACUUAUUUGAGUUAUUUCCAAGCCAAGAUUAACUUGCUUGCCAAUAACAGCAGUAAGACUUCGACAACUUAAGUAAAGCCCGUUUUCCACAUUUCCGGUUCAUUUUUUAUGCACAACCAUAGUGUAACGUUGUGUAAUUUGAUCGUUUUAUAGGAACGACCGUGCUUAGUUCCUCUUGAAAUAGAUGAGAAUGAGAGAUAG